AUGUAUUCCCGGAAGGAAGUGAACUGUUCGCCCAGGCAACACAAUCUGCUCAACUUUAUGGACGUCCGAUGGUGUCGUAAGCAAUCACAGUGUCUUGGCAACCAAGUCAGUAGACGUGUGUCCCAACUGCUUGAUGCUCACGAAGGCCCGGAUGAUCCAGCUUCAAACGACUUGUUGUCGAUGCCAAUCACUAUGCGCGCAUGCAGCUGGAUUACCAGCUUUGGACUCUCGCAAAGCUGGUUCUCUCAAGACCAUGGAGCGCACUUUUCAUCGCCAUUUCUGCUUCCGUUUGCAUACGUCCUCGUUGAAUCCUAUUCGCCUUCUUCCUUGGCUAGGCUCGAGAGCGCAGUUCUCUUGUCCUCCAGCCCAAGAUAG